AAAGCUUCUGCCUGUGCAACUGUGCUUCACUUGAGUACUGUCUGUGAACUCUGGAGUAGUAGUAGUUGCAGUACUAGUAGAAGUCGUAAUAGUCCAAACAUGAGGUUGCUGUUCUGCGUGUUCAUCGUGAGCGCUCCUCUGGUGCUUUGUGAGGAGGAUUGGUACUGGACCACCCGUUACCCUUACACCACAGUUGGUCCAGGAGUGAAUCUUAAAGGGAAAAUGGUCACGUUGUCUCAGUACUCAGGUGUGACUUUCCGCCGGCCGUACUACCAAUCUGCACCAGGGGAGGGCGCUGCAUCAACUACCAGCCCUGAAUGGACAACUGAACGGACAACUGAAUGGUCAUCUGAAUGGACAACCCGCUACUAUACAACCACUCCUCCUCCUCCCACACGAGGUGUGACGGUGUGCCUGCGCUUCCUGACAGACUUAAACGGUUUAGACCUGUUCAAACUGUCUCCUCGCUCUCCUCUGACGGUCUCGUGGAGAAACCCAUCAACGUACACUCUGUCCUGGAACUACUACUCCUCAGUCACUCUGAGGGUCAUGAUCUCCCUCUGGUCCUCCGUCCGGACCCAGCCCUGGACCAGUGUGUGUGUGGUCCUGGACUCUUUCAAAAAUAUAGUCCAAGUGUUCCAGGGAGGAUCUAUGAGCAUCAGGAAGAUCCCGCCAUCUCGGCUAGUGUGGUCAGGGGAGCCUGUGGUGGACGUGUCAGGGCUUGAUGGUCAGGUGACAGACUUGGAGGUGUGGGAUUAUCCUCUGGGGUACGCAGAGGUCUUCAGCUACAUGCAGAACUACGGGUCUGGGACAGUUUUGACCUGGUCCAACAUCGCAUACAGCAACAGAGGGCGCAUCCUCAUUGAAGAGUCCUACGCCCUGCGACAGAUGAAACCACUCAACCACAGCGAGAGACAAGAGCAGCCAAUCCGAAGAGGGCGUGGGCGGAGCCUAAGACUUAAAUACAGGAAGAUGUGGAAAGGGAAGAAACAGAGGAACCAAAUGGUCUAAACCAUUGUGAAAUAUCAAUAUCAAAUGUCAAAUUUCAAAUGUAACCUUGUAGUGUUUUUCAUUUGUAUUCGGUUACAUUGAUCUCCAAUCAGUGCAUUUUUUGUUCUUGUUUGUACACCGGGCGAGGUGAAAGUGGCUCAUGUAGAGUACCUUAUUCACCUCUCCAGCAGGUUGAUGGUUCUAUCCCAGAUGAGCCAUGCAGAUGCAUUUAAGUGAAUGAUAGUGAUAGAGAAUGGCAUAUCUGUUAGUCGCCUACCCCACUACGCCCCCUACUGUCUGACGCCUUCUCCAGGACCGUGCAGGCUCCCUCGUCUGGCCUCUAAUCCAGCGAUGGCAUUUCUAAAAACAAUUAAGCAGUAGAGCAAACAAGGGGCUAUGAGAUGUUCAGGUGUGCGUAGUAAAUUAGUAGGACUGUUUUAGCAUUAGAAUGUUAUGCUUUUGCUAAUAAAAACUGUUGAACACAUCCAAA